AUGGCGGAUGCCGUGGAGGAAGCUCUUCGGGGCAGCUGCCUGGAGAUUGCUCUCAAUGUCUCCGGAAAAGGCGACAGCCUGGCUUCCUGGGACGGUGUCCUCGAUUUACCAGAACAGAAGCUCAUUCAUAACCGGAGUCAGCAGCUGAUCGACCAGCUGGCAGUGUCAGAGGAAGAGAGGAGUGAAAUGGUGUCCGACGUUGAGUCAGUCAUCACUUUCUACUGCAAGUCGCGUAACAUCACUUUCACCCCUGAGCUCAGCUGGCCGCACCUGCUCAAACCGCUGCUGGGGCUUCAUCUACCCCGGAGCGACCUCUACAACUGCUUCUAUGCUAUCAUGAACAAAUACAUCCCUCGGGACUGUGUGCCCAAAGGCCGACCCUUCCACCUGUACAGACUACUGCUGCAGUAUCACGAGCCAGAGCUGUGCUCGUUCUUGGACACCAAAAAGAUCACACCAGACUCCUAUGCCAUCAACUGGCUGGGUAGUCUGUUUUCAAGCCACUGCCUUCCUGAAGUUACCCAGACAUUGUGGGACUCGUACCUCCAGCAGGCGGACCCUUUUCUCAUCUUCUUUCUCAUGCUUAUCAUCCUCGUCAAUGCCAAAGAGACCAUUCUUACACAAGAGGGAGAAAGCAAAGAGGACAUUAUCAAAAAGCUGGAAGCGUCUCCCUCUCUCCUGGAGUCUGAGGACAUUGAAGACUUGUUUUCACUGGCCCAGUAUUACCAGAGCAAAACCCCUCUGUCGCUCAGAAAGAUGAAUCAGAAUCUGUUUGGUAGCAGUUUGGUGGCUCUCAAAGAGGAGGACACUGACCUCAGUCAGGCGUUGUGCCUCCCUGUGUCUGUCCCUGAAAUCCUGCAGGCAAACCAGCUGCAGCAGGAUGGGGUACGUUUCUUCGUGGUGGAUUGCCGGCCUGCAGAGCAGUACAAUGCUGGCCAUCUGUCCACAGCCUUCCACCUGGACUCAGACCUGAUGCUCCAGAACCCAUCUGAGUUUGCACUCUCUGUGAAGUCCCUCCUGGAGACACAGAAGCAGUCUUUAGAGUCUGGUUCCAUCGCCAGCGGAGAGCACCUGUGCUUCAUGGGCAGCGGGAGAGAAGAGGAAGACAUGUACAUGAACAUGGUGUUGGCACAUUUCCUGCAGAAAAACAAAGAGUAUGUCAGCAUCGCAAAAGGAGGUUUUAUGGCUCUUCAGCAGCACCUGGUAGACAUGAACGUCGAGGGGCUUGACUCCUCGUACGUCCACUGGAUCGUCAGCACAUCUGGAUCUCACAGCAGCCUCAGCUCAGCUGAUGGAGAGUCUCUGAGCGGCCCUGGAGACAGCAAAGGGGUGAAGUCCCUGGUCAACAAGAUGACAUUUGCUCUCAAGUCCAAGUCGGUCAAUGUUAAGGAGAAGAUGAUCAGCUUCAUUGAGAAUACCUCUGCCCCCGUCGACAGAAUAUCUUUCAAUCUACCCUGGCCAGAGAAGGUGAUUCCAGAUCGGCAUGUGAGCAGCAGCGACCGCGUCGGCAAACCUUACCGGGGAGUGAAGCCUGUGUUCAGUAUUGCUGAUGAAGAAGAGUACGAUACAGAUGAGAUAGACAGUUCCUCCAUAUCUGAUGAUGACCGGAAGGAGAUUGUCAACAUUCAGACCUGGAUAAACAAACCUGAUGUAAAACAUCAUAUUCCGUGUAACGAGGUGAAAGAAACGGGUCACAUGUUCCCCAGUCACUUGUUGAUCACAGCCACUCACAUGUACUGCCUGAGGGAGAUCGCCACAAGGAAGGGCUUUGCUUACAUCCAGUCCAGACAAGCGCUGAACUCAGUGGUGAAGAUCACAUCCAAAAAGAAGCACCCAGAGCUGAUCACGUUCAAGUUUGGAACCAACAAUUCAGCUGGAGUGGAGAUUUCAGCGGUUGAGAGAUAUUUGAUUCCCAAUGCGGGCGAUGCCACGAAGGUCAUCAAGCAGCAGAUCAUGAAAGUCCUGGAUGCCCUGGAGAGCUCAUAAAUGGUGGUGGUGGUGAGCUCGUUUUGGGAGAUUAAUACAAACUGUAGGAAGAGGCUCCGCCGGUGAAACCUACUCUCCCUCCUGGACAGAUCCCAGUGCAGUGUUGACUGUGAAGCCCCGUGUGUCUGUCUUUGGGACAUGUGGGCACACUGCUGACUGCAGACCUGCGAGCCAGGCUGCGAGUGUUGAAAUAUUUAGGUGCUCCGCUGUCAUCCAACCAUUAUAUUAUACUUAUUUAAAAAGAAAUAUUGGUUGUAGUGUAUGUUCUUCUCUACUGUUAGUAUAAAAUGGGAUCUCAUUACAGAGGAGCUCCACUCUGAUGAGUUCCCGCUGGCCUUAACGUAGCGUACUGACCGACCAGUGGCGAACUUCUUUCAUCCACACGUGACUGACCUUUUCUUCUCCACCUGAGCGUUUUGAUGAUGACCCAUUCUUUUGAUGUGAGCAGUAUUGAGUUUCUCGUAACAUGUUGCGUAGAUUUAACGAUCAUCUGGUCAGCAUGAGUCAGCCAGCUCGGACAUAACGAUGCACACCCCCACCCCCAGAAAAGCAGUACUGGCACAUGAAGCAGAUUUCCUACAGCAGUAACUGUUUUUGAUAACUUUACUUUUCCAGCAGGCAGCCUUAAAUAUAAACUAUUUGGCGGUUAGUUUAUAAAUAUGUAAUGUGUAUAUAUAUAUUGUGUAAACUGCUCUGUAUACAGACCUUUGCAAUGUCAUUUUGAAAGCAUAUCCUGAGAGAAUAUGCAGUGAAACUUGUAAACUUUGCCAGGUUUGAAGUUCCCCUUCUUUCUGAUUUUCUGGUUUUAUGAAAAUUGAUUAACCUCAUCUCAUAGCAAUCUGAUGUAGCUCCCAGAAAGCCUCUCUGGACUACAUUAUGAGCACCUCAGUAUUUUCUCGUCCCAGUCAGAUUCACCAUGUGAAUGACAUCCCCCGCUCCCCCGAUGAGUAAAUUAUAUCCAGAAGGCUGAAACAUUAUGGAGAAGGAAAAGAUCACACUAACGAGCUGCAGAGGUUUGAAAGGAAUGGACCUGAUAUGCUCAUUUGCAGCUCUAUUUUUAUUUUUGGAUUCAACUAGAGUAGCUUUGCAUGACUGGCAGUGCAGAAUAAUCCUUAUUUAUGUUGUCCUCCAGCUUCAGUUCAUCUGUUGUCUAAAGUUCCUCCUCUUUUAAGGCAACUUGUAUUCUGAUUGGCCCCCGAACAGCACUGAUGUGAUCUCUUUGACAUCAUACAAGUCAAAGUGUGUAACCCCGAGCCCUGAGAGCAGUCGGAAGUCUGAGCUUGGGCUUAUGGGGAUUACGUGGACAUAGCUGAUGUGAUUAUUUGAAAGUGUGGCCAUGUUUCAUAUGUUUAGUAUUCGUGUAUGACAGGAAAUAAGUAAAAGCAUAUGAAGUCCACUUUAAAGACGGUUUUCACGGUGCACAAAAAGCUGAUCUCAUUUCUGACCCACAUAAACAACUUUUCUGUCCACACAGAAUAGAAGAGCAGCACAGGUGGUUCUCAAACUGUGGUGCACAGAUCCACAGGUGAUUAUGACCGGGGGGAAACAUGGGGUUAAUCCACCGUGGAUGAGUAUGAUUUUGAAAGUACAAAAGUAGACAAGAGUUUGGUGUGGUUGUGGUGACAUUUAUUUCACUAAAAUUCAGAUUAGAUUUUUUUUUAAUUGCUAUUGAUCGUUUCAUGUUUGAGUGGCAGGCGUGCUACAAAAAGUUUGAGAACCGCUGAUGUGAAGUUAUCACGACUACACUGAUAAAUGGGCCGCUGUUGACUUCUGAUGGAUGUUUCCCACUUACAGGCCCCAGUGUUCAUCUGUGCUGUCACAGGAUUUUUCGUGCUGACUUAAUUUCCAAAGUGAUGAAAAGCUUUAAAAAAAUAGAAAUUAUUUUUACAGGGUGAAGAUUUCUGUUUCCCUGGGAAAAAGGCAACAUAAGAGGAAAAAGAAAAACGUCAUCUAUCAGCCAAAUUUCUUUGUAACAUCAGUAUCCAAUUUCAUAAUCGGUGCACCCAUAUUUAUAUAUGAAUAUAUAUCUCUGUCUGUCUCAUGUGUUAGCUAAAACCAUAUACUGUGUUAAGCAGUCUGCAGUCCAUACUGAGCAGUUUCAGUUUGCCUGCCACUGUUGCCUUCGGCCUCAUGCCUGUGACGUGCGAUAUGGGCACCAGCAGUGGCGUGAAGAUCCUCUAAAAUCGCGGUUCUGUUCGUAGCGCGGUGGCGUUUAAGGUUCGGCUGAACGGUUUUAUUUUGCAUGCUUUAACAGCUCCACAUGGGUGUCACACUAAUGUGCGAUUGGUCUGUUUCAGAAUUGCCACGCCCCCCUCGAUCGCCGUAUCUUAUUCUUUAGUCAUGAAAUCUGCUUGGACUCAUUCUUGCUUUCUUCCUGCUUAUUUAUUUGCUUUGAAGUCUAGUUGUGUGUUCAGCCUCCCACAGAGACCUCCAGUGUGACAGUUGCAGUUUAAACUUCAGCCCAGAGGACAUUGGCCCCUUUCUCAGACUGAAAAGCACAUUUAAACUAUGAGCAAAGUAGAAUUCAAGACAAAAUCUGUUCCAGACCCUCCCUCCAGUCUGAAGCAUUCCUGUGUAAUCCAUGCGUUGUUGUGCUUUUCUGAUAUUUUCCCAUUGACUGGAACAUCCUCGACUGGGAGUCUUUACAUUCUCUGUAACAUCACUGGAUCAGGCUGUCAACCACUAGUCCAGAAUGCAACAUGUCUCAAAUGUAAUUUGCACCUUACUGUACUGCUGUUAUUUUCUAAGCAUUUCUGUUUUUAAUAAAUGGAGAUUAUUUGACUGCA